AUGAGAAUUCAAGUCACAGUGGCGGAGGAUCACUCUACCGCACAUGCUAGGAUGGGGUGGUGUAUUUUGAAGGACCGGGUCAUGGAAUUCGUCCCUGGUAUGCAGUCCAGCACGAUUCGAUACUUUGAUGAUCUUGAGAAACCGCAAGUAGCGACAUUUGAACACUCUGGCUUGAAAUACGACGCAUCUGGACCGGCUUCCAUCAUUCUGAUCCCACAACCAAGUGACGACCUAGAUUAUCUUCUUAACUCUGUGGAAACGAGAUGUCAUUCUCGUCGUUCUUUCGCUUAUCUUAAUCUCCACGACACCCCUCGGUCCCAUCCUUGCUACAACACGUUGACACUUUCUUUUUACUUCCGUCUUAAAUUCACAAAUAUUGUUAUUCUUACAGGCUACCUCUUUCUUGGUGUAGGAAUUGCAGGAGAAAUAUUUGUUCCGUCCUCCAGAGUAUGGGGGAAAGCCCAUUUGUCUCUUCUCGGGACCAUUAUUUCUAUAUUCUCAAGUGCCUGCGGUUGGAGACUUCUACUUCGUUCACGUGCAUACAAUUAUACCCCUUUUUACCAUGAAGUUGUUGAUUCUGAUAGUGGCAUGCUUUUGCAGAAGGGAGGCAAGCGUAUGGCUCUGACAAACCUGGCAGUUUAUGGCGGUUCGGUUUUCACCCCCGUUCUGGUCGGCAAGAUCACCCAUACCAUCGGAUGGCAAUGGACGUUCUACUUCGUUGCCAUAUUGUCGAGCGCCUGCCUACCUCUUGUCUUCCUCAGGAAACUUCAUACCGUCGCUCUACACCUCAACCGACGCCAACACACUAAAGAAGAGCUUUCUGCAGACACUUUUACCUGCCGAUGGCAGAAAAUCAGAUGA